CCAGCCUUCGCCUCCCAAAUUGCUCGGAUUACAAGCACAAGCCACAGGCCUGGCCUAGUGCCAAGUCAUCUCCUCCAGGCCUCUCCUUCCUCUGGCAGGUGUCGGUGAAGUUGGUUAGUACAGGAGCCCAGGACCGCCUCCUCUGCCUGCCAGGGCUUAACUGACAGUUGGCCCGCAAGUACUUACCAUUAUUAUUGUUUUAACUUCAUGAUCAACGUUUUAAAAAAUCAGGAGGGAUCCCAUUAAAACUGAGUUCCGCUUUCUCUUGAAAAUUCAGCAGCUCUGGCAAACCCGAGUUCCCGGUCGGGCUGGAACUUGGAGCGCCCCAUGGAAAGAGGGGCGGGCCUGCGCCACCUCUGAGCCCGCACUAUGCUCUCCUGGAGACUCCCCUAGGACGGGGAGGGAACUAAUAAUUACUGGGCCUUGGCCAGCUGCAGCCGCGGCUCCUACAUUACCUGAUUUAAUUCUCCAAAUUUGGGAGGAAGGCAUCCUUCUAGUCUCCUGAACUGUCCCAUUGCCAGGUUACACAGUUGGUGCCAUUUGCCGAGGUGACCUGUAACUCACGCGGCCGCCAGCCCAAGCUCUUCCCCUCGAGGCCCCUAGCGCGUCCCACUCCCCCCAGGCCGCGGGAUCCGCUUUCCCGCCCACCCGCCGUGGUCACGUGAAGGAUCGAGAGCCGCUUGCCCAGGCUGGGCCUCCUGUCGGCCCGAGGAAGGCAGAGUCGCCGCGGCUGCCGCCCGGACGUCCGCGCAUCCCCUCUCGCCGAGCGGCCGCCGCGAUGCCCUGGGCUGGUCGAGACGCAAGGGUGAGUCGCCUGCGCCCGCAGCCCCCCGAGGAUCUUCCGACCCGGGAGGACCUUCUCCUGGCUGCUGCCUAUGUUUUGGAUGCCCAGUACAACAGAAAUGUUCCAUUUGAAACAUCACCUCAGGCCAUCAGACUGUACUAUUUUUAUAAGCACUGGACAACACAGGUUGCCACAUAUUUCUUCAUUUGUGUAGACCUUGCUCUUGCCCUCUUUGAAGAGCCUGCAUUGUUUCCUCUGCCAUUCUUGGCCACCUCAAUAGCAGAAAUACUCUGCCUGACUGCAUUCUUUGGGAGACUGAUACAUUUUGCAAAAAUCACUCCUCAAAUGGUUUUCUGGAAGGAUACAAAAAACAUCUGCAUCAUGGUAACCAUAGUGCUGACCUUGAUCGAUCUGAUUAUCUAUGGAUCGCUGGAAUCUAUUAACGUCCGCAGUGUCAGAUGGUCAAGGGCCUUAAGACCAGUCUUCCUAAUUAACUUCCCAGAAAGUCGUCAGAUUCGAAGGGCUUUCCGAAGCCUCUGGAACACUCUGCCCGAUAUCCUCUACGUCUUCCUCUUGUUCAUGUUCAGUGUGUUGAUGUUCUCCCUGAUGGCCUUGAAGCUUUUUGGGGAUCGGGGUCUGAAAACAGCAGAGGGAUCGCCUUACUUUGAAAACAUUCUGGAGAUAGCAUUUGAGCUCUACGUGCUGGUCACUACAGCAAACAGUCCUGACAUCAUGAUGCCUGCCUAUGACUUCAACUGGUGGUAUUCUUUGUACUUUAUAAUCUACAUUAUCAUCAAUACCUACAUCUUCAUGUCUGUCUUUCUGGCUGUGGUGUACAACAAUUAUAGGAAGCACUUAAAGAAUGAAAUUCGCAAACUAGCAUACCUGAAACAUCACAAAAUGAUAGCAGCAUUCAACGUUCUGAAAGUCAAGGUGGGCACUGAGUUUGUGGUCGAGGAGGCUCACUGGAGGCAGCUGGCACAGGUGGUGGCACCAGACAUGAGCAGCGCCCACCUGGAGCUUCUCCUCAGGAUCUCCGAUGAGGGACAGAAGGGGCAUGUGGACAAAAUGAACUUUCUACAACUGCCUGACCUCCUCAACAUCCAGGUGGUCACCAUCAACAUCAAGAGACAUCCGCUAGAAGCCUGGAUGCCGCGAGUGUACCAGUCAUCUGCAAGCCUCUUGGUCCAGAAGAUGGUUCGGCACAGGAUUUUUGUCUGGAUUUUUGAUGUCAUCAUUCUAAUAAAUGCCAUAUUCAUUGCUCUGGAUGAGAAAAAGCCCCUCAUUUCCUAUGCAGAAUGGCUUUUCCUGUCUCUCUACAUCAUUGAGAUCCUCCUGAAGCUGUACACGUAUGAGCCCAGAGCCUAUUUUGAAAAGAAUCAGUUCUGGAACUGGUUUGACACACUGAUCAUCAUUGCUGCCCUGGUGGCCACUGUGGCCAAUGCCACCAUUCAGUCAGCCAGAGAAUAUAACAGUCAGCAGAUACUGGAUAUUGUCUUGAUAUUGAGAAUACUCCGGCUCCUCAGGGUCAUCGUCAGCAUUUGGAGAUUCCGGGUUAUAGUGACCACGCUAAUCAACAUCAGGCCCGUGAUGCUGACAUUUGGUGGACUUGUCUUUGUGGUCUACUAUGUCUUUGCCAUUGUCGGGAUGGAAGUGUUCCAUGGCAAAGUUCGGUUCUUUAAUCUGAAUUUCACUGCUCCUGACGCUCUGGUGUGUGGGAACCCAGCCUUACAGGGCUCUGCAUUUGCCCGAGGCAGAUACUGCAAGAACAACUUCAAUGACUUGGCCUCUGCAUUCACUGUGCUGAUGGAGCUCACAGUGGUUAACCAGUGGCACGUCCUUGCGAACGGCUUUGCCCUGGUGACUCACCAGGCUGCAAAGCUAUACUUCAUCUUGUUCCACAUAGUGGUCGUCAUCCUCAUUGUUAAUAUUUUCAUAGCAUUUGCCUUGGAGGCAUUCUUUGUGGCAUAUUCAUUAGAAAAAAGUGAAGUGGAAACUGCUAUUGAGAAGAAGAUUCAAGAGCUCGGAGUGGGAAUCCAAGAGGAAGAACUUCAAGAUGGGAAGCUCACUGAUCACGUGGACACCAAGGACCAUGGCCUUCAUGGGGAUGAUGGAGACAACAAAAGGAAAGCUUUGAAAGGACUGUACUGCAGAAUUGCAUCAAAAAAAUACAGGACUGUGGAUACCUUGCUGCAGCAGAUGUUCGAGUCUGAAAUUGCUCCUGAGGAUGAAGGCCCUUCCUUGGAUGAGAUUCUGAACUUCUCACCCAGUGACAUAUGUCCCAAGAAUCCCAAUUUUGAAAACAGUGCAUGAUCUUGGUCUUGGAAGGGUCCACAACUAGAAACCGAGAUAAGCUGUCACCUCUUUGCAUGUGCUAUCUGGAGGUGAUGUUUCUGGCCUAGGCUCCCUUCUGUGUUCUGAUGAGCUUGUGAAUAGGCCUCGCCUGGCCUGCCCUGAGUGGUCAGCUGAAUGGUGUGGAAAGGCUGCACAGGUGGACCCCCCACUGAGGAUUGUUCUUAUGUUUGCUUAUGGCCAUAAGGCAAGAAAAAUUGUUGAAGAGAUUGUAAAGAGCACUUGUACACAUAUAUGUACACAUGUAGUCUUUUCAGUGAGUCUAUAAAAGCUUUUCAUUUAUUUUUAUAUGGUAUUUUGCUAUGCUAUUAAUCUAAUCCUGUGCUACAUUAUUACAUAAAUGAAUAUGAAUAUUUAAAUAUGAUAAAGGAAUAUGUUAUAGUACAGUAGCUUUUAAAGACAGUGCUUAUUCAAAAUGAAGAAAAAUAUGAAUGUGGAAAUAUAAUUGUCACAACUGCUUCUCUAUUUUGGGAACAGGGGUGUGCUCUCAAAGCUUCUUUAACAGAAUUACAAUGAUGACAAGAUUUUGAAACACUUGCUUUUUUUUUUUUAGAUACUGAAAUAUCAUUGUUAAUUUUCUGCCUCAAUGAUGUGUCCGAUACUGUCAGUGGAGUAUUGAAGUUUUCCACUAUUAUUGUAUGGAAGUCUAAGUCUCUUUGCUUUAUGAAUCAGUGCUCCUAUGUUGGGUGUAUAUAUAUUUAUGAUAGUUAAGUCUUUUGUUGAAUUGAACCUUUACGUUUAUGUAAUGACCUUUUUUGUCUUUUUUUUUUUUUUUGAUGGUUUAAAGUCUGUUUUGCCUGAAGUUAGGAUUACAACCCUUGCUUUUUCUCAUGCAUAUUCCAUUUGCUUGGUAUAUUUUCCUCCAUUGCUUCAUUUUAAAGCCUAUGGGUGUCACUGUAUGUGAGAUGAGUCUCUUGAAGACUAUAUUAUUUGGGUCUUGCUUUAUUAUCCAGCUGGCCAUUUUAUGCCUUUUAAAAGGGGCAUUUAGUUCAUUUAAGUCAAGGUUAGUAUUAUAUGUGCAAAUUUGAUCCUGCCAUUUGUGUUGUUAGCUGGUUGUUGUGCCAGCUUGUUUACAUGGUAGCAUUAUAGUGUCACUGUUCUGUGUCUGUGUGUGUGUGUGUGUGUGUGUUUUUUUUAAAGAAGAAAAGAAAGAGAAAAAAAGGAGUGAAGGAGAAGAAGAAAGAGGAAGAAAAAGAGGGAGAGAAAACAGGAAUAUUGCUUUAUUCUAAAAAAAUGGAUAUUCUUUAAUAAUAGCUGAUCAAUAUUUUGUGUAUUUAAA